UUCAAUCAAAACACCCAUUUCCAUCGUCCUCUUCAUGUGGGGUACACACCCUUUCAUGAUUCUCUUCUACACAAGUCUUCAAGACCCCACUUGACUUUCACCCUUGUCUUCUUCCAAUUUCCCUCACUCCAAAUUAUCAGGUGGAGGGCCCUCAAGAAACUUUGGUGGGGUUUUGUCUUACAUGAAGUGAGGUUGCUUAGGGUUUCUUUCGAUUAAAGUUAUCUUCUUUAUAAGAUAAUAAUAAUGGAGAAAGAUCACGACUAUUCGGCAGCCAUACCCUCAAGUUUCAACACACUAGACUACUCUCUUGAUCAUCAUCAUCAACAUCUUUAUCCACAAAAUCAACUUCAACAUCAACAACACCAGCAACAGCUUAUGAAGUUUCGCAUAGGCGAAACUUCAAGAGAAAACAACAACAUAAUGGUGGAUUACAUGCCUCAAACACAACCACCGCCGCCACCACUACCACCUCCGUCACAUAUAACAUCAUCAGGGUUUUAUGGUAAUGGCAACACUUCUUUUGAUAAGCUCAGUUUUGCAGAUGUGAUGCAGUUUGCAGAUUUUGGACCCAAGUUGGCCUUAAACCAAGCCAAGAACUGUGAAGAAUCAGGGAUCGACCCGGUUUACUUUCUAAAAUUCCCUGUGUUAAACGACAAGAUGGAGGAACAAAACUUGAUGGUGAACCAAGAUGCUGAUGGUGGUGAUGAUGGAGAAGCAGAAAAUGAUGAGAGGUUCAAUUUGGUGAGCAUGGAAGAUAAGUCAAGGGUAGGGGUAACAGCAGAAUUAGAAGAUGGAAUAAUCAGAGAAGAAGAAGAAACUCGAGUUUCUGAUGACAAUAACUCGGUGCAGCAGCUUCGUUUUCUUGGCCAUGAAGACCUCCAAAAGAAUUCUACAGUGCAGGAAAACAAGAACAAAAGGAAGAGACCAAGAACCGUUAAAACAAGUGAAGAAGUUGAGAGCCAGCGCAUGACUCAUAUCGCAGUUGAAAGGAAUCGAAGGAAGCAAAUGAAUGAGCAUCUUCGUGUCCUCAGAUCCCUCAUGCCUGGUUCAUACGUCCAAAGGGGAGAUCAAGCUUCGAUUAUUGGGGGAGCUAUAGAGUUUGUGAGGGAACUGGAGCAACUUCUUCAGUGUUUGGAAUCACAAAAGAGGAGGAGAUUACUCGGAGAAGCACAAUCAAGACAGGUUGGGGAUUCGGGUGUUAAUGCUGCAACACAGCAACCUCUAAUUCAGCCUCCAUUUUUUCCACCUUUGCCAAAUGAUCAGAUGAAGCUUGUGGAGUUGGAGAGUGGGCUUAGAGAAGAAACCGCGGAGAGCAAGUCUUGUUUGGCUGAUGUAGAAGUGAAGCUUCUAGGUUUCGAUGCCAUGAUCAAGAUCCUAUCAAGGAGGAGGCCAGGACAGUUGAUCAAGACCAUUGCUGCACUUGAAGAUCUCCAGCUAAUUAUCCUUCACACCAACAUCACCACCAUUGAACAAACUGUUCUUUAUUCAUUCAAUGUCAAGGUGGCUAGUGAUUCAAGGUUCAGUGCAGAAGAUAUAGCCAGCUCCGUUCAGCAGAUUUUCAGUUUUAUCCAUGCAAACACUAGCAUGUGAUAAUUAUUAUAUGUUGCUAUUAUGUUGUUUGGAACCUAUAUUUUGUUGUCUUUACAAGUUGCUGAUACUGAUCUUUCACUGCUGUUUUCACCCUAUAUAUGUCGUUUGGAUUUCCUAUUGUUAUGGUCGCAGUGAAGCAAGUGGUGCUUGAACAAGAUUAUUUAAAUUAGGGGAUGGCUAUAGACUCUACCAUAUCUUCCUCUCUCCGAAAAGUAUCACAUUGCACCAGAACUACGGACGCGUUGAAGAUGAAUUAAUUUUAAAGCAGAAGAAGGAUUAGAGAGGAGUAAUAAAAUUUAGGCAUGUAGUAUUAUAUAGACGUCAUUAGUUUAUAUUAUUAAUUCUCUAUUUUUUUGGUUUCUCCAACCAAGUAUACCACAAUGUUGAAAUGAAUGCUUUAAUGUACUUUUCAUUGCACUUAUCCCCCUCCCUCACCCUACAAUCCACAUGUAUUCUCAAUACCAAAUAUUAGAAAAAUAAUAAGCUUCAAUUUACU